GAGUCCAACGGCUUGCAGUUUGCCUUGCACGGAUUGGCGGGCGGAUUGCCGGGAUUGGUAUCCGACCUGGCGAAUGCUUCGCCGGUUGACCAGCUCUUGACCGAUACCAAUAGUGAAUUUCUUGUCAUAAAGCAAGCAUACUUGCUGAGGCAGCAUCAGCACUCGCCAGAGCCAGACUUGACUCCAGUGACACCUUCACUUCAGUUAACCUUGGCCGAUUGCAGCCGUCUUACUUGCUGUUCACAAGCACAUAUUAAGCUAUGGGAAGCAUCCUGGAGACGGCGGGCGAAGAACCUGCUCGCUUCAAUAUCAAGCUAUUAUUCCCCACGGGCAAUACCGGUACAGGACAACCGACUUUCACCACGCGGAAGUUCGCGGGCGUGACCCGAGAGUCACUGAAAGGCGCCACCGUGCCGUUGGGCAUUGGUGGUCUGAACCUGCUGCCCGCUGGCGUGGCGCCCGCUGAGUUGGCACUGGACGAGGUUGAGUUCAACACACCCGAUGAUGUGGAGCUGGUUGACGGCGGCACGUACCUCGUGACGCAAUCGGUGGCGUCAAACCAUGAGCAGGUGGACACCCUGCAAUGCUGGCAGGACAGCCACAUAGAGGCUGACCAGGUGGUGGGGGUCAAACACGCCGUGGCCAAGCUGCGGGCGUCUGGCCACCCCGAGGCCAAAGUGCUUUGUGCCAAGGAGCUGAAGACCGACGCCGGGAUGGUGGAGGUGGGUGGCAUUGUCAUUGCCAAAGGCUGCAGCAGCAUCGUGGAGAACAAAACCAAGCUCACCGCGGAGGCGGCCGCUUCGCUGGUGGACAAGAUCGCUAUGAUCAGGUGAUGAUGCUGUUGACCUCUGCGGUGAGCUUGGUUUUGUUCUCCACGAUGAUGCUGCAGCCUUUGGCAAUGACAAUGCCACCCACCUCCACCUGCAUAAAGGCAUGUAAGCAGCACCAGGU